ACGGCAACUGAAAUCAACUCCACUUCCCUAAAUCCUAUCAAACAUGCGUCUCUUUGUGACUCUGUGCUCACUUCUGGUCUUGGCCCAAGCCAAGCCACAAGGCUACAACUACGGCAGCGGUGUCUCGGGCACCUUGACUGGCGGCGGCGGCAGCAGCUCCUCCUUCAUUGCUGCGCCAAGCAACUCCCAGGGCGUGGCCACCUAUGGCCCACUCGGAGCCUUCCAAGGUGCCAGCGUUGGCUCGCUGCUGAGCUCUGGUUCGGGAUCCGGUUCCGGCUCUGGACAUGGUGGCAGCACCUACACUCAGGGAGGAGGCAGCACCUACACCCAAGGCGGUGGCAGCACCUACAACAGCGGACCCAGCUACAGCAGCGCUCCAAGCUACAGCAGCGGUUCCUCUUCGAGCAGCAACUUUGGCAACUCAGGCAGCUCUGGCUUCGCCGGAUUCGGUCCCUCGCCCAACAUUGGCUUCGGCGGUCUCGCCGGCUAUCAGGCACCCACCUAUCAGCAACAGCAGCAGGAGGAGCAACGCGCCGCCUUCGAGUCAGCGAUUGUGCACAAGCAAUUCUUCACGGUGGCCGCACCCGAUGAGCAUGAGAAUCUGGAGCGUGUGAAGCAUUUGGUGAUUGGACGUCCGCAGAAGAACUACCGCGUGGUGUUCAUCAAGGCGCCAUCGUCGAGCAGCGCCAACGUCAAGCUGUCCGCUGAGUAUGCCCCCAAGGAGGAGAAGACCGUCAUCUAUGUGCUCAGCAAGAAGGAUUCGUCGCUGGAGGUCAACGAUAUUGCAACGCCCGCACCAACCAUUCCCAGCAAGCCCGAGGUCUUCUUCAUCAAGUACAAGACCGAUGCGGAGGCCAGCCACGCCCAGCAGCAGAUUCAGGCUGAAUACGAUCGCAUUGAGGGCACCUCAGAGCACACCGAUGGCGGUGUUGCACCUGCUCAGUCUGUUGUUGGCAUUCUGGAUGCUGGUCACAGCAGCAGCAGCGGCAGCAGCGGCUCUGCUGGCGGCAUCAUCAGCUCGGCCAGCACUGGCAGCGGCAUCAUCAGCAGCUCAGGUGGCAGCAUCGGUGGCAGCAUCGUUAGCGGUGGCAGCAGCGGCAGCUCGGGCAGCCACAUCAUCAGCAGCUCCGGUGGCACCCACAGCGCUGCUCAGAGCGCCACUUACUUGCCUCCCAGCAAGUAAAUGCGCCGCACUCCAGCAGCAGUAGCCAAACUAACCAAACAACAACCUUUUUUCUCCAAUAUCCCCAAUUUUUUUUUUGUGUGC